AUGGACACUAUCAAUGUUCAUGAUGUGGAUAUUGAUACACCCAAAAUGAAAGUUCCAAAUAGGUUUCAUUGGGAUCCUCAUACAUUCAAGAUAUUUCUUGAGGAAUGUAUGACCGAGCUAAAUAACGAGAAUAGGACAGAAACGGGAAUUUCAACUGAUCCCUCGAAAAAUAUAAUCUCAGCAUCAAAGGAAUGGUGGGAUGAAAAAAUAAAGGAAGAUAAAGAGUAUGCUAAGUUUAAGGAUAAGAAUUUGGAGGUGUAUCAUACAUAUUAUGAGGCUUUAUUUCGGGAUACUGUAACUGUUGGAGACAAGGAUAAGGUACCUUGGGAAAUUGGCAGCGGUAGCACUCCGGUUGAUGUACAGUAUGUGGAUAUUACGGAUGAAAAAAUGGAUACUGACGGAGUCCGCUUAUUUGAAGAUGUUGAUCCUUUUCUCACAUAUGAUAGUUCUAGUAUGAAAAGGAAGGGAAAGAAGUUAACUCCCAGGCGUGACAACAAAAGAAAAUUUGAAGGGAAUAAUGAAGGAAAAAAUGAAGGGAAAAGUAUGGCAAACUCGUCAUAUGAAGAGAAACUACACAAUAUUUUUGAUGUUUUGUUAACAAGGAGCACUCAACCCUCUAGACAAACCAUACAGUCACCCACAACAGAAGAUUGCAUGGCAAUUGUCUCUACUUUCUCGGGUUUUGAAGAAGGGUCAAUAGGAUAUUUAGAAGCGUUAGAGGUCUUUUUAAAGAAACUAGCUCGUCAGAAUUUUAUGGUUCCAAAAACUAAUGAAACAAAGAUGGAGUUUCUCAAGAGGCUUAUAGAGAAAGAUAAGUAG